UUCACAAAAAGGAACACAGAGACAAAAAUAACGAAUCGAUAGAACAAAUCAAACAACAGAAAGGAAUAAAAGAAAAGAAGGACAUAUAGCCUCAGUAGCUGGUCCUAAACUAAAGAGGUUCGCAGUAAAACGCAACCACGGACUAGUAGCGGAGGGCCCAGGAAGCUGGACUCCGUAUACCGAACCGGGGUAUAACCUCAAAAAGAGAAGAAGAAGAAGAAGAAGAGACUUUGGAUUACACAACCACAAUCUACGAACGCUGUUUCGUACUUAUAUUUACCAAAUUGGGAAGCUCUUCCCAACUGCAUUUAGUAUUCCUAUCUACCACCGAGUCGUGUUCUAGUCCUAAAACCCACCACCCGCAUCAUGGACGUUUCGCUCGAGAAUCUUUCAUCCUCCCAGAAGGAUGAGCUGAUGAGCACAAUCAAGCAGAAAAUUGCGAUAGCCAAUGCACAGGAGCUGGUGACCAAAAUGACCGAAAAGUGCUUCAAAAAGUGUGUCGGCAAACCAGGCCAAGACCUGGACGGUUCGGAGCAGAAAUGCAUUGCCAUGUGUAUGGACCGGUUUAUGGACUCUUGGAACGUUGUUUCGAGGGCACUGACUCAGCGCCUUCAGCAGGAACAGUACAAAGGAUAAUGCCAAUCUGUGCAUCCCCCACCACCAAUUGGUUCCAUGUGUUAUAGCGUAAUCUACAUAUUUUAGCUAUCGAUACCAGUCGCCGUUUACAUCUUUAUUUUCUGUUUCUAAGACACACACACACAGCAUGGAGGGACUUUGUGUUUGAAUUCAUCUGUUAGUAAAUAAACCAUGCCAAGAGACCAACGCA